AUGGACUCCACCCCAACCAGCCCCCAACGCCAACCCGAAGGUCCCUCUCUCGUCUCCAUCAAAUCCUCUCCUAGCAAGCUCCCCAUCAAACGCAAGACCAACCCUAACCCUAAUUUCCUCUCCUCCAAGCUACAGUCCACCCUCGACCAAAGCAACGCCGUCGCGAAGCCACCGCCGUUCAAGUUCCCCCGGAUCUGGACCGAGCCCGACGAGACUCGGUUCCUGCAGGGCCUCCUGGACUGCGCGUCCCGGGGGCUCUCCUUCCCCAGAGACCUCCAAGUCUUCUACGACCGCUUCUCCGGGACGAUGUCGCAGCCCUACGCCAAGUCCCAGCUCUCCGAGAAGCUCCGCCGCCUGAGGAAGAAAUUCCGGGACAUCUCAUCGCGGCUCGCCGGAGGGCUCAGUCCGUCGUGGCUCUCGCAGCACGAUCAGGCGCUCUACGAGCUCUCCGAGAAGCUCUGGAGCCCCGAGUUAUCGUCCUCGUCGCCGUUUGGUAACAAUUCCAGCGAUUACGGUAGCAAUGUGAAGAAGAAGGGCGAGAGCAGUUUGGUCGGGGUUAGGGUUAGUUUCUUGCCGGCCCUGCCUACUUUGAGUUCUCACUCGAAUCAAAACCAUCGUUUCCAGGAAUUCGAUGAUGAUGAUGACGCUGGUGGUGUGAAUGCUGAGUAUGAGGAGGAAGAGGGGUUUGAUAGGCGGAGAAGCGGUGGGCUUGGUGGGGUGGCAGCGAAAGCCGCGUUGGAUGUGUUUGAUGAGUGUUUGAAGGAGGUUCGGAUGGUUGUUGUCGGGUCUUCCAAGGCACUGCGGUGGCACGAGCAACGGGUGGCGGAAUUGGAGGUCUUGGCACGACGCUUGAGGUUGGUUCUCGACAACUCUCUUCAUGUCCAAUCACUAUGA